AUGGAGGAAGACAACGACCAUCGAGAGGACGAAAACCUGUCCGGUGCCUUGGAAGGCAGCUACAGCUCGUUGUGGGAUGAUGCCGAUGGUAAUAACGUGUUCGAGGACCUUAGAACCCCACGAGAUUAUGAUGCACACUCCAUCAUUGACGUGCUGUCUAGUCAGCUGAAGAACCGAGAGAUUCCGCAAUAUUUGGAUGAAUUCGAGGUUGUGAUACCCGAUGCGGAAGUGGUAGUCGGCGCUGUGCCCAUUGAAGAGGUACAGCUGAGAGAGCAGCAGGUGGAGGAAGCCAAGCUACGUCAAGUUGAGUUAGAGAGCAGUUUGUACCGUCAGCGGGAGAUUCGAUUGGCUCAACAAGAAGCGCUAGCUCGGGAACGAUUACUACAGGAAGCUCAUCGACGACACGCAGAGCUGGUGCUGAAAGACCGACAAGCUGCUGAGGCUAUGAAGUUUCGUGCACGAAGAAUCGGUCACGUUUUCCAACAGGCUGAGUCGCACUUAACAGAUACGCUUAAGAAACAGGAGGCAAGAGUAGAACAGCUCUACGGAUCGCUGGCACCUUCACGCGUCCCACAAAGCCGUAAACGGUACCGCGUUGAAUGGUCUCGAAUCCCCUUAACAAUUCGCAUUCGAGGUAGAAUGCUCAACGCUGUGAAAGAUAAACUACCGCCUGGUCAGUACGUUAUGGUAGCAACGCUGUACGAUCGUCUGGGUGGCCAUGCACUACACUGGACGAACUGGGAUCCUGAAGUGCCCUCAAACGCUGCAACUACCAGUGACACCAAGUCCAGACGCACACACGUAGGUCGCCCAAACUUCACGCGGCCGUUCCACCACCGCGGCCGCUUCUACAAUACGGAGGUGGUAGUAAAUCAAGACAUGUUUGUGGUCUGUCCACCAGAAGUCGAGCUUCGACCAGGUAACACUCUGGUGUUUGAGCUGUUCAUGCUUUCCCAAACUACCUCAGCCGCCUAUGCGGGGGCCAAUGCAGCGUCUAGACCUAGGAGAAGACGUGGAGGAGGUCAGUUUAUGGACCAUGCAAUGGCAAUGCAAACCGAUCACGUUGUCGCUUGGGGGGCCUUGCCACUCUCAACUCCAGAAUUUCAGGUCGUACAGGGUAAAUUCAAGCUGCCACUAUUACGUGGCGAAAUGGACCAUACGAUGGAUAAGUACAAGGACAUGGAGAAAAUGUACCAAACCGACUUAUCCUCGUGGCUCUGCAAUUUCUAUAUCCAAGUAUACCACCUGCCCAAACCUCCAGCUGUGUUGCAACAUCGACGUCGACCCGAAGGUGAUGACUCAUAUGACGCGGAGAUUGACGAACGUGGAGAAUUAGUGCGACUGAUUGUUCCCGAGGUGGAAAACAAUCAUCAACGAUACAUGCGUAAAAUGUCCACUGCGACGUCAAACUCCGCAGCAAUUCGAAAGCGGUCGAUAUCCACUGAUCGCCACAACAGCAAUGAUGGUGGUCAACACGAUGGCGGUGCUGUCGUGAGUCCUUACUCGUCCACUUCACCGCGUCUGGUUGACAAAGACGAUGCUACGUCCAUUUACCCCAAAAAGAACAAAGCGAAACCUCCUCCGCCGCGAUUUUUGUCCUCAACGCGGUGGAAGUGGAAGCGUUGGCUCGCAGGUUUUCAUCCGACCAAGAAGACUCGUGUCUACGUACGUAGAAGUGCCUUUCUGUGGCUCGUGUGA